AUGCCGCGAUCCACAGCUUCCGUUUCACUCUUCCGACGUCAUCCAGAGCCCUGGGACCGUCUGGGUCUCUAUGGACUGCUUCUCCGCGAUGAAAAAGAAAACAAAGAACUGGGUCAAUAUGCGCACGGUGUCAUCGUCGCGUCGAUGGAUAUUCAUCGGGAGCAAUGUCCCGGAAGAAAAGUCUUUAGAGCUUGGAUCAUUCGAUUCCAGAUUCCAUUCAUGCACACGCCCAGGAUUCCCGCUCUGUCGCAAACGACUGAGACUGGUGGGUUCCAAGAGUUGCCCGGAACCUCUCCCCGUCCACAAAACCGACGCCUCCGUGGCGGCCAGUCGCUUCGUCCUAUCAAUUAUCGCGAUGUCGUCAAGAGUAGGAACCGCGGUCUCCGCCGAAAGGAUCUUGUCACUCAGCCACUAAAGCCACUCGUCACUUCUCACCAACCUCCACACACAAGCAGAAACCUUGUAGUGCAUCGCAGAAUGCCCGCCUGCGCAUCCGUUUUCGUGGCCCCCAAGAACGAACCUGGGUUCUUGUCCCGAAUGUCGACAUUCCGUUCGGCAAACAAACUCGACCAGCCACUGCCAUCGUCUUCUAGCCCCGAUCAGCCCGUUGGUUUCUCUUUCGACAUUCAAGAGUUGACUCAUCGCCCCCUGCCCGAAGGGUUGGGCAUGGCUGCUUCUCCGUGUCCCACUUUUCUGUCCAUUCGUGCCUAG